AUGAAGCUUUGCUUCUGCAUAGUAAUACGUGAAAAAGACACAAGUAUUUGCGGACAAUCGGCAAGAAAUUCUCGUCUUUGUGCCAUUUUGACUGUAUUACAAUUUCUCGUUGCUUUCGUCUCACUUCUACAGCAUAUAUACUCAAUACGAAAGCACCGCGCAAUUUUCGCCUGCCGAUCAAAUAUCACCGUAAACUCAACAAUUGAUGAGAAAUUCCUUGCUUACGACAUAAUCAUUUUCGACUAUGGUUUAAUGCAUCGCGUGUUGGGUACCACUGAAUGUGUUGCCAACUAUUUAGAUGGUGGCUUUAUGCGAUCUCUCUGGUGCUUAUCAUACGCCAAUUCAUUAUGCUUAUUGUUCAUUUCAUCAUUCUUUAACAGACGAAUUUGGUUGCUAUGGCCAGCUCUUCUGAUGCAAUCUUCAUAUACUCUUGGAUUAGCAGUGCUUACGAUGGCAACAGCGCCUAAGAUGCUCGACGCCCUAGGUGGAAAGGUGGAUGCAGCAUUUGGCACUGCAUUCAUCAUUUAUAUUAUAGGAUUCAUGUAUAACUGGCUUUUUACAUUCAUCCUCUGGCACCACUAUUGGUACAUCGAGAAAAAACUAAAAUCAUCGAUACAAUUUAUAAGUUGA